GUAAUUCUAGCUCUCCUGAUCCAAAAAAUAGUGUACUGGAUCCGAUCACUCAAUUAUCAAGCCCAAAAAGUAAUGACACGGGAAUGUUGAAUUAUCCAUCGUGUCCAAAACAUUGUCCAUUUGCUUCAACUGAUCAUGUUUCCGAUGCUCCCAGUCGCAUCUCACCUGAGGCACCUGUGUCUUCACCUGGUCAAAUUACCAUUCCGCUCAUUCCACUUACAGACCUUCUUGACCCCAGACUCACUCCACCGAGGCAAUCUACUGAUCCAUCUGGCCUUAGACUUUCUCCACCUGGUACUGUUAAGUUUCCACGUACCUCACCGAGAGACCCAACAGCCUCAACCUCAAGUCAUGAUGAUAAAGAUAUAAGAAGGACGGACAAUCAUCAGCACUCACCUGUCAGUUCUUUUAGUACAGGUGUGUCUAAGCGAACCAGCUCUGGCCUAAGAUGUAGUUACCUUCGACAAAGCCCUACCACCACCACCACCACCGCCACCACCACCGCUGUUAAUACCUCUCUCACCACCACCACCACCACAACUUCCCCGACUGUACUUACGUGUCAGUACCUCCACCGCAGUCCACCAGAGACCCCCAGCACUACCGGCACCACCAGCACCACACCCACCACCCAUAAAUGCCCAUACCUUCAAAACUCACGCGUCACUACUGCGGUCUCAACACCCACAGCCACCGACGUUACCAAUACCACUGUCAACACCACCAGUACUUGUGCAGCCACCAAUACCACCAUCAUCUCCACCACCACCUCAUCAUCAACCAAGUGCUCGUAUCUCCAUAAGGCACAAACUGUUACCACCACCAAUGCUAGCGUCAGUAUUACCAACGUCACCACCAAAAGUACUCCUCAGUGUCCGUACCUCCAGGCCCUCCCACGCCCUUCCACCUCCACCACCAGCAGCACCAAUGCCAACACCCCCACAGCUACCAACUCCAUUACAAGCAACACCAACAACAAUAAAAACGGCGUAUGCGAGUAUCUCCACCGCAACGCAACCACAACCAGCAGCAGUAACACAGUGAUUUGUCAAUAUCUUCACAACAACCAGAGUCCCGGCAACACCACCACCACUAACACCACCAACACCACCCACACCAUAACCAACGGCUCCACCGGCAGCGCCAACAACAUUAGCAACAUCAGAACCAACAACAGAAACAAGAACAACCACAGCACCACCAAACACGAAGUCAUCAGAAACGACCGUCAGAGGAAGAAAUCGAGGCAAGAGAAUAGCAGAAGUAGCCAUUUAGAGGGAAACGGAUACAAACAGGAACGCGUCAUAACCCCGCCAGGCCGCGACACCAGAAGCUCGGAAGCCGUCACAAUCCCACAGACAAACCUGAAGGCCUUGCAUGGGUCUACGGUCGUCAGCGAGCUGGGCGCGCCAAGGACUAACGGACGUGUUGGACAAUUGUUCGAGAAGUCCAACAUAUCCGGCGAGCCAGCUGACGAAGGUAGAGUCAAUAUUUUGCCAUUAGAGGCGAGGGGAGGAGGGCGCUCUGCAAACACUGGACAUCUGGAGGAGUCUCCCAUCGAAUCCUCCGUUGCCCACACAACACGUCCCGAGGCCGCCAAGGACUGGAGCCACAAAUGUGAUUACCUCAAGCAUGCUGCUACAUCUUCUACUACUAAUAAUAAUAAUAAUAAUAUUACUACUAAUACUACCAGUAGAAAUGAUUCUAUGCAGAUAACUCCUGUAUCAACCAGCAAACAAAACUGCGAAAUCCCUGACAGAAUCGCCUUGGAAAUCAGUCCCACAGGAACUUCCUUCCCAUGUCCACCCCCUUUUCCCUUCUCGACCGUCAGUCCCCGCCGUGAGCCGGCCGGUUCUAGCGGCCACAAUUCAUCACAGACAAGUCAGAUUUCUGGUUUCAUCUCCAAGGACGGCAGCACCACAAGGACCUUCCUGAAAAACACCGGGGAACAAGGGAACGCGCCAAACGUGAUUGAUGAUCGAGGGAGCGGCCGCGGCAUCACUUGCCACUACCUCCGCCAAGCCUCUGGCGCCGCGGCUAAAACAAGCCGCCUCACCUGUGAAUUUCUUGAGAAAAAUCAUGGAUGUAUCGACAAGCUCAAUGGAACUACGAAAGGGAAAGAGGAGAUGGUGCGAGGGAAAGCAGAGAGAGGAGAGCAGAGGCCGCCGAGAAAGAAUCAGGUGUAUAUAGACGACAAUAAGGCGCCAAACUAUACCGGAAAAACUUUUGGCGAUGAAGCUAAAAUAGUGAGUCAAUCUCAGCAGAAUUUUUACCAAUCCCGUCUCUCGUAUCAAGACCUGAGUGCCCCUGUCUUGACACACUUAAAUGGAAGCCCAAGCUCUCCCCAAGCUAUCAGUGGCCGUAAGGGAGAGGCAGCAUCGGUCCCUUUCUCCGCCGCGAGGGGGGACACGCCCCAACCAUCGACGCGUGCAUCCAUCAAGCCGGCCGACAGGGGGCCCCGAGCUGACCCAGGGUCCGUGCAUGCGCCGCCCUGUGACGGGACUUUCCGCGCCACACGCUGCCGCACGUACUCCCCGACAUUAUUUCACCCUAAGUUUUCUAUUCACCGGCUCGCUGUGAGAGAGAGGGACGAGGGAAAUUUCUCUCCGUCGCCUCCCCUCACGAGCUGGGAAGUAUUAAAAAUGAGUCUUGGCCCGUGUCCUGUCCGUGACGCGGGGAGGAGCGACGAAGAGGAGGAUGGGAAGGAAGAGGAGGAGCCUCCGACACACAGUCAGACGGCAAGCAAACUGCAGAGGCCGGGAUCACAACCCAAGGGCGGCGUACGGGGGCCUCGGAAAGCUGAGCUGCCCGCGACGCAAGAGGGGAGGAACAGCGUGUCCUCGGUGACCUGCAGAAUGGAUCCGGCGGUCCCCCCCACGACGCUGUCCGGCGCCAAGACCUGCGGCUUCCUGCUGAGGGUUCAGGAGGUGCUGCGUUCCCUGCCGGGCCGCGAGGCGCCGCUCACCACAGCGGCGCCGGAGACAGUGACGGGUGGAGACAAAUAG